CCUCAGUCUACCACAGACGUUGGACCAAAAUAAAUACCAUCCGGCGGAGUCCCGAUCCCGAUUGGAAUACACAGAGAUUAGGAUCAGCUGCCAGUUAUGUAGAUCUACGCCGUUAUGUCUGGAACAUCGACCUCUGAACGCUCCAACUCCGAAGACAGCCCGUCGAAUCCCUGCCUAACGGAGGUGCUCAGGAAUUGUGCCAAUAUCCAGUCGCUGGAGAGCUUGAACUACGAAUAUAACGACGUUCUGCUGACCGAAUCCAACGAGGGGAAGAUGAUUACGCCGAAUCCGUACUCCUUUAGCGGCAACAUUUCCAUCAGCAGUGGUCCAAGUGAAGAUGUUUCAUUUACGGAAAGCAUCCUGGAGGACAACGGACGCAUUUCGCUGGCCUAUGAGAACCUGAAGACAAUUCCGCGGCGACUGGCCGACAAAUUCGCAGCGCAGACCAAGUUUCUCGAUUUGAGUCACAAUGACUUCCGAAAUCUGCGAUUUCUCUCCUUUUUCGAGGAUCUGGACACUUUAAUCCUGGACCGCAACGUAAACCUGGACAUAAACACUUUUCCCUAUUUGCCGAGCUUAAGGAUCCUGUGGAUCAACAAUUGCGAUAUAGCAAAUAUAACCGACUGGAUACACCGCAUCGAACGGCAGUGUCCUGCGCUGGAUCAGCUCUCUUGCAUGGGAAAUCCUGGCAUCCGCACAGUUUUCGGGGGCCAAGGACCCCGCGAGUAUAUACUACAGGUGCUUCCCCAGCUAAAAUAUCUCGAUGGGCUUCCGACCAGCAGGAGUGCAGUUCAUGCGACGCUGUCUUCCUCACAAGGACAGGGUCCAGACUCCACCAGCAAUUCGGAGAAGCCUCCACCCGCAUCCGCACUCACUUUCAAGGACAUCUUCCGGCCAAAGCAUUCCAGAAAAUCGCACAGCGGACGGAUGUACCGCAAUGGCUCCUCCACAAAUUGAAGUAAUAUGCCGAAGGACGGAGGGGUAUUCCACUGAUUGCAUUCUGUCCCAUUGUUGGACUAUUUUUAACCGUCCGCUGGAUUAUCAGCGCUGCCCUCGCUGCCCUGCAGUCGUCGAUUGCACCUACAGUGCUAUGCAAGUAAAUAUGCAUAUGGUUAUUUCCAUGUACGUAUAUAAAUUUGCAAUCGUAUGGCGAUGGACACGCACAAGCCUAGUGAGAAUUAAUCUAGUGCAUUAAAGCAAUUUUUACAAUAAUAAGAGUCAAUGACCUCAGCGAAUAGUCAAGUAAACAAACGUAUACCAUAGGCACCAUCUUCAGAAUAAAUGUUCUUCGUCUUAUUCUGAA